CCACUCAACCAACCUUGCGACAUCAGCCGAGGGGAGCAGACAAUGCGAUACCUAUCAUUCCCCAAUUUUGAAAAAAAAACAAAUAUCUAAUUAUUUUUGAGCCCUCACAAUACCAAACAAUGGCGACUAUCCCGGUGGUAGACCUAAGUUCGUGGUCCGAUGGCGAGCCCGCGAACCGGAAACGCAUCGCUUCGGAGCUCACUGAGGCCUGUCGACGCGUUGGCUUCGUCUAUGUGAGGAAUCACGGUGUCCCGGAUGAUAUCCUCCGGGAAGCAUUUACGUGGGCUGGGAAGUUGUUUGAUCUGCCGCUCGAGAAGAAGAUGCUUGCGCCUCAUCCGCCUGGAAUGAGCGUUCAUCGAGGAUAUUCGUGGCCUGGGCUUGAGAAGGUAUCGCAGAUUAUUUACGCCGACGGCGAGGAGGAGAAGCAGGUUGGGAGUCGGAGGGUUCCCGAUGUUAAGGAAAGUUACGAGAUUGGCAGUGAAGUCUUCGCCCAGCAACCUAAUGUCUGGAUACCCGAGGACGUGCUCCCGGGCUUCCGCGAGUUCACGACGGCGUUCUAUUCGCGGUGCUUCGAGGUUGCGAAGGAGCUUCUGCGGGCGCUGGCGCUGGGUCUCGGACUCGACGACGAGGAGUUCUUUGUGCGAUUUCAUAGCGGCUUGAAUAAUCAGCUGCGAUUGCUUCACUACCCGCCUGUUGAAGUCGAGAAAUUGGCUAAAGGCGAGGUGGAGAGAAUGCCUGCGCACUCUGACUGGGGCACUAUCACAAUGCUCUUUCAGGACAACGGCGGAGGCCUACAGGUCGAAGACCCGAAUCAACACGGUCACUUCGUCGAUGCUACGCCGAUGGAUGGUGCGCUCAUAUUGAACGUGGGCGAUUUAUUGAUGAGGUGGAGUAACGACUACUUGAAAUCAACACUCCAUCGCGUCACACUCCCACCUCUAUCAAAGGAAAACGGGGUCUCAGGGAAGUCCCUAAUGACUCAAUCGCGGUACUCGAUCCCCUAUUUCGUUGCGCCUGAUCCCACGGCUAUUGUCGAGUGUCUUGCUGUGUGCGCAAAUGAGGCGGAUAACUCGCUGCGGUACCCGCCCAUUACUCAGGAGGAGUAUGCGAAGAUGCGGGCGAGGGGACAGUACCUUUAGAUCCGUAGAUUUACGUGAUGCACCGUCUAUUGAUUUGUUUGCUUUCAGCACGCAACUUACUUGCGAUAAUACUAUCGGUAGUGAAAGAACGAGGCUUCUCCUCAAAGGGUUGUACUAUACCUUGG